ACUGCUGAGAGCAAGCCGGUGAUAAGGGGAACUGAAAACUGCCAAGUGUGACAACAAAGGGGCUCUGAAUUAAGGCAAAACCAAGAACUGUAAUCCCAGAACCUGUCCGGAGAAGCACAGUCUGUCGGUAGCCCAUUCACAGCUUCAGUUGUGCCGGCUGAGGAAAGCUCAUCAUGGGGGGCAGGAAGCUGGUGCUCGGUGCUCUCUUUAGCCUUGUUCUGGCAAUGUUGCCUUCUUACACAGUGACUGUAGCCGUCAUGUCAGUUGAUCUGGGCAGUGAGUGGAUGAAAAUGGCGAUAGUGAAACCUGGUGUGCCCAUGGAGAUUGUUCUCAACAAGGAGUCGAGGAGGAAAACACCCAUAGCUGUGUGUCUCAAGGAAAAUGAAAGACUUUUUGGGGACAGUGCACUAGGAGUGUCUGUGAAGAACCCCAAAACUGUUUAUAGACACCUCCAAAGCCUCCUGGGCAAAAAGCACAAUAAUCUCCAGGUAUCACUCUACCAGAAACGUUUCCCUGAGCACCAGCUGCAGGAGGACCCAGUCAGAGGCACGGUUUACUUUAAAAACUCAGAAGAUCUGCAGUACACACCUGAGGAGCUCCUUGGGAUGGUGCUCAAUUAUUCUUGUGGACUGGCUCAGGACUUUGCAGAACUACCAAUCAAAGAUGCAGUGAUCACUGUCCCAGCCUUUUUCAACCAGGCCGAGCGCAGGGCAGUCCUACAGGCUGCACAGAUGGCAGGUCUAAAGGUUCUUCAGCUCAUCAAUGACAACACUGCCGUGGCCUUGAACUAUGGGGUCUUCAGGAGGAAGGAUAUCGAUAACACUGCUAAGAAUGUGAUGUUUUAUGAUAUGGGAUCAGGCAGCACAACUGCCACCAUCGUCUCUUAUCAAACAGUCAAAACCAAGGAGUCUGGCACCCAGCCCCAGUUACAGAUCAGAGGUGUCGGGUUUGACCGUGGGUUGGGGGGCUUUGAGAUGGAUUUGCGGCUCCGAGACCACCUGGCCAAACUUUUCAAUGAGCAGAAGAAGAGCAAGAAAGAUGUGAGGGAGAACCACCGAGCCAUGGCCAAGCUCCUCAAAGAGGCUCAGAGGCUCAAGACGGUGCUUAGUGCAAAUGUGGACUUCAUGGCCCAGGUGGAAGGUCUGAUGGACGACAUUGACUUCAAAGCUAAGGUGACCAGGGCUGAGUUUGAAGAGCUGUGUGCCGAUCUUUUUGAAAGAGUGCCUCGCCCGGUGCAGGAUGCCCUCACCUCUGCAGAGAUGAAGCUGGAAGAAAUUGAGCAGGUGAUCUUAGUAGGCGGCUCCACCCGCGUCCCCAAGGUUCAGGAAGUGCUGCUCAAAGCUGUUGGGAAAGAGGAGCUGGGGAAGAACAUCAAUGCAGAUGAGGCAGCAGCCAUGGGUGCUGUGUACCAGGCUGCUGCCCUCAGCAAGGCCUUUAAGGUCAAACCUUUCCUGAUCAGAGAUGCAGCUGUCUUCCCCAUUCAGGUGGAGUUCACCCGUGAGACAGAGGAAGAGGGGAUCAAAACCGUGAAACACAACAAACGUGUCCUCUUCCAGAGGAUGGCGCCCUACCCCCAGCGCAAGGUCAUUACAUUCAACCGCUACAACGCCGACUUUGCUUUCGACAUCAACUAUGGCGACCUCAGCUUCCUGAGUCAGGAUGACAUCAGUGUGUUUGGCUCUCUGAACCUGACCACAGUCAAACUGUCUGGAGUAGGCAGCAGCUUUGAGAAGCACGCAGACGCAGAGUCGAAGGGCAUCAAAGCCCAUUUCAACAUGGAUGAAAGUGGAGUGCUCCUGCUGGAUCGGGUGGAGUCUGUCUUUGAAACUAUAGUGGAGGAGAAAGAAGAGGAGUCCACAUUAACUAAACUGGGUAAUACAAUUUCCACCUUGUUUGGAGGAGGAUCGUCAGAACCUGCCCCAAAUGCGACUGAGCCUGUCCAGGACGAGGAGGAAGUGCCCCCUGAAUCUGGAAAGGGCGGCAAGGACGAGGAUGAAAAGGAGGAGGCCCAGAAGGACGAGACCGCCAAGGAGAAACAGGAUGAAUCAGAGAAAAGUGCAGAUGAAGAGAAAAGUCAGGAGAAGACACAGGACGCAGGCAGCAAGACUGAUGCCAAGGAGGAAAAGGACGGAGAGAAAUCUGGAAACACUGAGGCAGAGAAGGAUGUGGAGAUUAAGGCGAAACCUCAGAAAAAGAGCAAGAUCUCUGAAGACAUCACAGUGACGCUUAUUACCAAGGACAUCCUUGAUCCCACUGAAGAUGAUGUCACCUCCUCUAAGAAGAAGUUGCAGGAUUUGACGGACAGAGACCUGGCCAAGCACGAAAGGGAAAAGACCCUAAACAAUCUGGAAGCUUUCAUCUUUGAGACACAGGACAAGAUGUACCAGGAGGAUUACCAGCUGGUGGUGUCAGAGGAGGAGAAGGAGCAGAUCUCCACCAAGCUGAGUGAGGUGUCGGAGUGGAUGGACGAGGACGGCUACGCAGCCACCACCAAGCAGCUGAGAGAGAAGCUGUCUCAGCUGAAGAGCCUGUGCAAGGACAUGUUUUUCAGGGUGGAGGAGCGACGCAAGUGGCCUGACCGCCUGGCCGCCCUGGACAGCAUGCUCAACACCUCCAGCUUCUUCCUGAGGAGUGCCAAACUGAUUCCAGAGGAUGACCAAAUCUUCACUGAAGUUGAGCUGAAUAUGUUGGAAAAAGUGAUCAACGAGACAACGACAUGGAAGAAUGAGACGGUAGCAGAGCAGGGGAAACGCUCUCCAAAGGAGCGGCCUAUCCUGCUGUCCAAAGACAUCGAGUCCAAGCUGGCUCUACUGGACCGAGAGGUCAACUACUUGUUGAACAAAGCCAAGUUCACCAAGCCGAAGCCUAAAGCCAAAGCCAAGAACAGCACCAGCUCUGAUAAAAGCGGCAAGGCCAACAACAACAACACAGCAGAGGAGAAAGUCAUCCCUCCCACAGAGGAGAGCACGGACACGAAGAGCGAAAGCCCAGAGGAAGUGCAGCCGGGCGAAGCUCCGCCCACUGACAAGAGCACUGUAGAUGCAGACUCAGACAGCCAAUCACAGCCUACAGAAGAAACAACAACAACUACAGGACCAACAGAGGAGGCCCAACCUGAAAACCACAUAGGGGAUGAAUUAUAACAGCUGGAACUGGGAAAAAAUCACUAUUUAUUGACAGUGUAUAAAUGUUCAAGCUCCUUCUCACACUUUUUCUGUUGUUUUUUUUUUUUCUUUUUUUUUCUUUUUUGGCCUUUAUGUCCCUGCUUAUUGAACUGCUGGAAGCUGAUUGGAUAACGGUUGGAGACCACUCAUCUUGCUCCCCUUUCCUCUUCUGUGCUGUCCAUCUCCUCUGUCUUUCAUGGAUUCUGUAAGGAACGCACAUUAAACACAGAGAAGAAGCAUUUCAACGAAAGUAAAGCCCAAGACUGCUUCUGUGCUGAAACAAAAUACCUUCUCAUGUCCUGCAAAUGACCACAUUGAUGUUGAUACAGAGGGAGGUGUAAGCAGUGCUUGGCCUUAGCGAAGUAACAAUAUGUGUGUUUGACAAGGAUGAGCGCUGUUAUACUCUGGUUUGACGGUAUGGACAUUUCAUUUCCUGCUUUGUCCCUUUACACUGUAUCCUCAACCACGGCGUGCUGUUAUGAGGUUAUUAACUGUCCUAACACCUCCACCUUUACUGACUUUCCAUGGCCACUGAGUACGUGUGCUACUUAAAGGUGUUAGCCACACGCCUUUGAGGGGUGGUUUAGAGUCCAAUGCAGAUUUUUUUUACUCCAAUGCAGAAUUUAUUUGGCCAUAUAAUUUGUAGCUAUAUUUGCAGAAAACAUGACAAGAAGAUAUUCCUUACCUCCUGAAGUUUCCUUCUAAUUAUUGGCUGUAUAGAAUCUUGAUAACCUCUCCUGACGGUGCAAAAAUGAAAUGCUUGGGUCCAUCAUGUAGCAGUUAAUGUUGGGGAUUGACUGCUCAGGGCCUCCUGUAUGCACAGACUGAGAGGUAGUUAUGAACCUGAACUCCCUAAUAGGGAUGAUUUAACAUUGUGUCUUUACUUACCUGCUUCCCAUCAUCCUUCUGAUCCAGCUGGAUGAACCAAAAUGACUCAUGAGUUGGUUUUUCUACUGAAGCCAGUGCACACUUGAAUGUGUUUUGGUGAAAGUGGACGACCUCUGUGUUUAAAAGACUCGUAAGCUGCUAAACGUAGACGAGGUGGUGUAUUAGUGUUGUCACUGCUCUUUACCUCAACGUGCCCUGUGGUGGAGAUUCUUGCUCAGAUGUUGGUUCCAUUGUUCUGUUCGAGGGGGGGGUGGGGGAUUCAGCGGU